ACAAGGAUAGGACGAAAUGAGUGAUGGUCAGAGAGAAUCAUCGGAAGUUGGCAGCCAAGAGAAGGCAGAUGUAGACAAAAAUGAAACAGAUGAUACCAAUUUUUCGUCAAUUACAAAUGAGUCAUCGGAAGUUGACAGCCAGAGCCAGGAAGAAGAUGAAGACGACAUGGCAACAGAUGACUACAAUUUUCCGUCGAUAACAACUGCAUCAUCGGAAGUUGACAGCCCAGAGGAAGAGUAUGAAGACGACAAGGAAACAGAUGCCUACAAUUUCUCGACUAUCACAAAUGAAUCAUCGGAAGUAGCAAGGCAAAGGGAGGAAGAAAAUAAAGACGAAAAGGAAAUAGCUCGCACCAGCUUCUCCUCAAUCUCUGAACACGACGAGAAAAUACAUGCUUACAAUUUUUCAGAGAUUCUUAAAGAAUUCGUUGGUGACGACUGCGGAGACGUCGCGGGCAAACUGUUCGACCAGCUCAGCUCAAUGAUCCCUCGCGACUCUGUCGGACGUGGCCUGACGAACAUUUUCUCGUCCAGAGAGCUCGAAUCACUCGCCGGUGAUCUGAUUUCCAAGAACUCACAUGAUUUUGUUGCCGUCAAUUCUGAAACUGGAGGUAUUAACGGAGCUUUAGCUGGAAACGAGAUGUUCAACAUGGGCGGCGAAACCAAUUCGUUGAGUAGUAUCGGAAAGAUUGUGCUGGAUAAUAUUGUCAGCGGAAAAUUCAAAAGAGAAUGUCACGUGUAUGUGCCUUUGAGUUGUCAACCCAUUUAUUUUCACGAAGAACGUCAAAAAUGUUUAGAUGAGAAGCGGUUGUUCGAGGAUCCGCAGUUUCCAGCCAACAACUCGUCAAUCUACGUCAAAGUGCGUCCAAAGGACCAUAUUGUUUGGAAACGUCCCGGAGAACUGUUCGCUAACCCCCGACUCAUUGGCAGUGACAAAACUCAUUUUGACGUUAAGCUAGGACGACUUGAAAACCGUUGGUUCUUAUCCGGCGCUGCCAACUUGUCACUUCGAGAUGAGCUCUUUUAUCGUGUAGUUCCACCUGAUCAGUCAUUCACGGAGAAGUACGCUGGAAUCUUCCAUUUCCAGUUUUGGAGAUAUGGAGAAUGGGUGGAUGUUGUGAUUGAUGAUCGACUGCCGACGGUGAAUGGAACGCUCUGCUACAUGAGUUCGCCGGGCGGAAGUGAAUUUUGGGGCCCGUUGUUGGAGAAGGCCUAUGCCAAGCUCCUUGGCACCUAUGAGCACCUGAAUGACCCCUACACAGAGCAAGCUCUUUGGCAAGCUUCAGCAAGCUUCACAGGAGGUCUGACUCAAUGGUUCGAUAUUUUUAUGGCUGACGAGAUGGCGGUUCUGGCGAUGAUAAUGAGGGGAGUGCAGAUGGGAUCACUCAUUGUGUGUUUAAAUAUUGAUGUCAAUGAGAAGGGGGUUCGGCAGAAGAAUGGACUAAUCAAAGGAUACGGCUACUGUAUUACCGGAGUCAAUUUGAUGGAAACUGAAUGGGAAAAAGCGCCGUUGAUCCGUAUCCGAAGCCCGUGGGGUAAAGUCAAGUGGAAAGGGGAUUUUUGCUAUAGAUCCCAUAGGUGGUUUGGCUUGGAUAAGGAGAAACGAGAGAGUUUUCGAAUCAAGGAAGACGGAGAGUUCUGGAUGUCCUUGAAAGACUUCAUGGUAGAGUUCACAGAUGUGUACUGCUGUAAUCUGUCGGCUGAUACGAUGCAUGAAGUCGAGAAGAUGACAGAGGUGAAGGUCAUGGAGCAUCAGAGCCAGCAAUGGAUCCAAGCAUCAUUUGAGGGAGAAUGGAGUUCCCGGAUAGGUACUGCCGGGGGAUGCGAUGACCACGACACCUUCUGCACUAAUCUACAGUAUGAGAUACACUUCCGCGCCACCGACUCAUACGACUCCAACCACAAAUGCACAAUAAUUGCCGCUCUUUUUCAAAAAAAUCGUGAUCACUGUGUGUACAAGGGUUUAGAACUAUUCCUAAUCGGACUCCUAGUGUACGAAAUGCCGGGUCCCAAUGAGAAAGUGACCCCCGAGAUGGUCAAAUCACAGACGCCCAUUGCGGAUUCCAAACUUUUCAAAGAUUCUCGUGAGGCUAACAUACGAUUCACUGUUCCGCUUGGGCACUAUGUGAUUGUACCGAGCACUUAUGAUCCGGACCAGGACGGCGAGUUUCUGUUGAGAAUCUUUACCAAUGUGGAUUUUGAUAAAACACAUGCACUAUCGAAUGGCAUAGGUCUUAUAUGCAAGUCCGAUGGGCACCUUCUGACGGUUCCCUAGUAAGGAGACUAUUUCGUCGUUGUUGAUUGGGCUCAGAGAACUCUUGAACUUUAUUGGAAUAACCCUUGAUUUUCGAUAUACUCUUUCAAUAAAGCCUCGUUCA